AUGAAACUCCCCUGGCAGCGAUUGAUCAGAUUUGAGAGCGUGGAUGGCAGAGUCCUUCGGGGCGAGCCUAUUUUACCUCGACCGGACUUCGACCUCGGAUACGUGACUGAGAAUGAUCAAUUACAGGCUAAGCUUAUUGUAGGAGAAGAUCCUUUUGACGAAACUGGUAUGACUCGAGUCUCCGACGAGGUGGCGACUGUAAAAAGAAUUUUGUCUCCGCUAGCACCGUCGGAAGUGCCAAUUCUUCGCUGCGUCGGCCUGAAUUACGUGAAGCAUAGUAUGAGGUGGACAGUCAUCCAGCAAGCAAAGCGAACACCACCACCAUUCCCUUUUAUUUUCUUCAAACCCCAGACAGCAAUUCUAGAUCAUGGCGACAACGUAGUGAUUCCAAAGGUCGCUCAGGAUGACCAAGCUGAUUAUGAGGGAGAGCUGACCAUUGUUAUCGGAAAAGACGCAAAAGACGUUUCGCAAGAAGACGCACUGGAUUACGUGGCAGCAUAUACCGUAGGCAAUGACAUUUCGUCUCGCAAACUACAACGCGACCCAAAUUAUGCCGGGAGAGUCCCCCAAUGGGGAUUCUCCAAGGGAUUCGACACCUACGCGCCAAUCGGCCCGUGCCUUUUGGCCAGUAGUCUAGUAGAUGAUCCAAAAGAUCUGCAUGUCAAAACGGCCAUCGACGGGGAGGUGCGCCAGGACGAGUCGGUGGCCGAUCUGCUGUUUGAUUGCCGCUAUCUUAUCUCGUACCUGUCCCAAGGUACUACUCUGCAGAAAGGUAGUUUGAUAAUGACAGGCACACCGGGUGGGGUAGGAGGAGAUAUGAAUCCUCCAAGAUGGUUGCAGCCUGGUACACAGAUGGAUGUGUCGAUCUCCAAGAUCGGGACUCUGAGAAAUGGGGUUACGUUUGUUCAAUAGAUUUUAUAUCGACAUCAAUUCA